GACAUCUAGGGGUGUCGUUGGAACUUUAAUAUACGUGUAGCUAUGAUAAACGGUCAAUAAAUAGUUGUCAUGAAACAAAAUGAAUGUUUAUAAGUGAGUUUAAAGCAAGUGCCGAAAUCAAAAAUCAGAACAUCCGGAAAAAGUUCAAUAAGUGGACUGCUGUACCCCAUGCUUUCUGCCCUCGCCGUCACCUUCCAUCCGUUGACCAAUUAUUCAUCGCCAUUUUGUUUAGCUUUGUGUGUUUAUGAUGAAAGUGGUUCAGGUUUCAGGUACCAUGAAAAACAGAAAACUGAGGAUGUGGAUAUCAGGUGGAACUGCAGACAAUAGCGUAUGCUGACAGCAAAAUACAUUGCAAUGCUGUUCCAGUGAAAGCUGAAUGGAACUUUACAGCAUGCCCCAGCUAGAUAAAACAUCACCAGUUUAUACAAAUACACAGUACGAGGGUGGGGGAGAGGACAUCAUUAAUCGCAGAACAUCUACCGGUGAUGUUAAGAAGUAUGGGGCAGUGUCAAGUGAUUCAUUGCCACUGUUAACAAGUUCUGCAUGGAGUGCAGUGAUCCAUCGUCCAGCUGAUGAGGACUCUGAACCAGACGAUCUUCCCUCCACGGUGGAUAUGGAUGCUAUCAAGGGUUCUCCAGCAACAUCACUGACAGCUCCUAAAACUCCUUUGGCUAGUGUUGAUGCUCUGUGGAGUCAAGACAAAGAUGAGAGGAAGGAAGAGUUAUCAAAGGACCUUGGAGAAGCUGGGGGCAGUGAAAGUGAUGAGAGUGAUGCAGACGAAUCAGACAGUCAAGAUUCUGAUGGUGACGGUGAUUCAGGCGACUCAGAGACUGCUAAUGGUUCUGUUAGCGACUCAGAGGGCUCAGAAAGUGGCUCGUGCAGUUGGAGCGACUCGGAUUCAGACUCAGGCAGCAGCUCCUGCUCAUCAGGCAGCGCUUGCUCAAGCGGUCGAUCCUCACAUACCCACCAAACCUUUUCCAUCAGGGAGACUAAUUUCGAUCAGGGAGGUCUCAAACUUAAGAUUGCUGCUCUCAAAGUUACAAAGAAAACAGCUACUAAAGAUACUGAGGUGAGGAAAAUUGCUACAAGUGGGGCUAAAGUAAAUGGCAAGGAGAAACCAACUCAGGUUCAGGCUGUCACGAGACUAGGUGCCAAAACUAGCAGCAGCAAGAAAUUGGAGGGCCGGAAGAAACUGGUGGAAACCCGGGAUUGCAGCAGAGUCCAUGGAGUUGGGCGCACACCACACAGGGAUAAGGUUUCAGGACGUGGCUGUCUGUACAAUGUGCGCGGUACAGGCACACUCACAAGUCCUCUGCACAGCAAUUCAGACACAGCUGAUGACAGUGAUGAUGAGGAGGAAGAAGAAGGUGUGGCAGAAAUCUCUCAGCAACUGGCUCAUGACCUUGGUCCCAUUGAGCAGGAGAAUAUGGCUAUCUCAGAACAUCUUCAGGUUAUUAACCAAGAAGAUCUUGCAGCAAUUCUGCCUGAUGUGGUGACAACUGGUAACCAUGAUGAUGGUGGAGCCCCAUUCGAUGGGUUUGAAGAUGUGAGUUCUGAGAGUGGGAAAGUGGCUGCUGAUGGAAGUGGCAGCAUCCAACAGCAGCAACAGGGUUCCAGCCAGCGGGCAACAGAAUCAGGCAGUGAUGUUGAGCUGCCUGAGCAGGUGGUGAGUGAAGCCAUCAAGAGGAUCCACAUAGACAGCGAGGAAGUGGCACAGGAGGCAGAGGAGGCAGAUGCAAGCAGCAGUGGGGAGAGUGGUGAGGAGGAGGCUGGGGGCAGUGGGGGUGGAUCUGCAUCUGGCUACUCGUCCACUCUGUUGCAGCAGUUUGUUGAGAAGACGGAAAUCCUCUCAUCGUCCACGGCAAUGAGAGAGGAGCCCCGUAGAAGGAAGCGGGGCAGGCCUCCAAAACUUGCCGUCAAGUUAGAGUCUACUGCAGAGAGUUCUCGUUCUGGGGGUGUCGGAAAGUGCAUGCCAGAGCUUGAAUCUUACAUGAGGUUGGAUUGUUCUGUGUCAAAUGUGUCUCCGGACAGUGGAAUUCAGUCUGUUGCUGGUUCUCCCAUUCAUCAGUCGUGCUCUCCAACUUCAAACCUUCCAGCUCAUUCACCAGCUCCUGCUCUGACUGCAAGCCCACGCAGCACCCCACCCCCUCCUGUACUUUUCCUUGGAGAGGAGCGGCGAGGCAGCCUGGCAAGGAGAGGUCCUGGUCGCCCACCCCGAUCACGUGGACCUGGCCAACCCAAGGGAUUAGGGAAAAAAAGUAGUUCUGAAGGGAGAGGAGAGACCACAUUAAGGGGCGAGGUUGGGUGUGGGGAUUGUGGAAGUAGAGUUCUGGCAAGUGGGACUGAUAGUUGUGAUGAAAACCCACCUGCACCAUCUCCAGUGCCAGUGGUGCCUGUUAAACGAGGACCUGGGAGACCAAAAAAAGCUCCACCGGUAUUGGAGCCCAAUUUUCCUUUACCGACAUGUGAGCACAUCUGCAAGGACGGAGAUGGCAAGACUCAAGCAAAUAAGAAAACUGGUGUCAGUACUAAGGCUAGUGAACAGCAGUCAGAGAGUGAUGUGAAACAUCCAAUGGUUGAACUUGCAAAUGAAGAGGUGAGCACAAAGGAGCACAAAAGCAGUACAAUUCUAAAUGAGAUUUGUGAGAGAGUGAGUAAACGCCUGGAACUUCCCAAUCCAUUAAUGGAGCGUAGUGAAGUAAAGAAGUUCCAUUCAAAGUCCCCAAAGGUGAAAGUGGGGGCACAGCGGAAAUCAGAAGCAUUCGCUCAGGCUAAAGUAGGAGCGUGGGUGGAGAAAAGGAGGAAAGGAAGGAGAAGAAAUGAGUCUGGUGACUGGGGUGAAGUGGAGUCAGGACCAGAAAAUGAACAUGGCCCUCAAUUUCAGUUUCCUAGACAGCGGCGACUGUCUAGUUCUGCUGGAUCACCUUGUAGUUCUAGCCAUCAGGGAAGUAUCCGGAACAUCUCGGCGUCAAAAGCUUCUGCUUCCAGGAUGCUGAAGUUUCCUUCGGGCAUGCCUCACCAUAAACAUAAGAGAAGGAAGAAAAAAGUGAAGCGCUUAAGGACUGAGAAGAGUUUAUCAGAUCCAAAUUUUAUUCUGGACUUAGAAAAACUUUCUCAGGAUUUUAAACGAUGUUGCAUCAUUGCCAAGACUAAUGCCUGUCCUGCCUCAGGCUCUGGGGAUGUCAACUUGCCUUCCAUCUUCAGGGUGAAGAGAAUCAUUAAGAAGAGGAAAGGUAGCGAGAAGUCUCAGCGUGCUAGUGACAGAGAAUCGGGAACUGAGGGUGAUGGUGGCAAGGAGAAGAACCGGCAGCGACGGCCAAAGAAAAGCACAGUGGAGGCUCCAAAGGGACAGGAGAGGGUCGAGACGAACAAUGAGCAGAGACUGCCUUUGAAGAAGCGCCACUAUCAUAUAUCAACUGCAGCUGCCAUCCUCCAGUCAACAAACUGUCUGCCAGGGUCUUCCCAGUCUGACUCAGUGGUCACAGCAGUAGAUUGUACUAAAAAGGCCCUUGAACGUACUACUACUCAGGACAAAGACAAGCUGCUUUCCACAAGUGUUGGUGUUGCCAGUAAAAGCCAAGGGAAACCCACAGCUGAUAAGCCAGUGAUGAUGAGGGAUAAGGGUGGUUGUGGAAGUGUUGGGGGCAGUAGCAGCCAUAUAAACAGUUGUGAGGUAAAGGCAAAACCCGUUGCAGACUUGCCAAGAAAUUCAAUAGAUGAAGCGAUCGAAGCAUGCAUCACUAGGUAUACAGCAACUUCCCCGCCAGUUGAGAACUCUACUCUUUCAGUUCACUCAGUGAUAGCAACGCCAAAGAAGCGGCAUCGCAUGGAAACUGCUGCUGCUGCUGCUGCAGCAGGCGUGAUGGGUAAGAGUCUGUGUACAUCUGUGAACAAAAGCAAAGAGAGUGGCACAGCUGAGGGAGGAGCGAUGAGCAGCAACAAAUUGUCUGGUGUUGCAGUGACCACUCCACCUCCAAGUAAACGAACUGUAUCCAGAAGUGCAAGCGCAAACUCUGGUACUGUGGUCGCAGUUUCAAGUGAUUUCAGUGUAACUCAUGACAUAAUGAAAAGUUUUGUGGCUCCAGACUCCAGUGGCAGUGGAUUAUCUGAAGCAGUUGUUGACUCCACAACUGGAUCAACAACACUUAAAGUUUCAUCUGUGAGUAAAGUGACUUCCUCGUGUAAAGUAUCUCCUCCAGUAAACAAGGUGACCUUACAGGCAAAUAAAGCCACAUCCCCCACAAGCAAAACAUUUGUGUCAUCGAGCAAAAGUUCAAGUCCAUUGAGUAAGCCAUCUUCUGUGACACCUAGUAAAGUGUCUUCACCUACCAAGGUGACUACAAGUAAUGGCAAAGUUUUUUCAUCUCCUGUUAAACAGAUUUCUCCUGUCAGUAAAGUGUCCAUAUCUUCUCCAAGUAAAGCUACUACAUUUGUGCCCACGUCUACUAACAAAGUGUCAAGUACAUCUGGAAAUAAAGUAACUUCACCAUUAAGUAAAUCGUUAGUACCUGGAAGUAAAGCAGCUUCACCGAAAGCUCUUGCAGUUUCUUCUAAAAUAAGCUUGUUUCCUUCUCAUGUCGUGACAGUGUCUGCUGCUACUGUCACCACAACUACUACUACUGCUGCCACAAUGGCUGCUACCACUGUGGUGACAACUGCAACUACUGCAAUAACAUCAGUAUCAACAUCAACAGUAGGUGAAAUGGUGUCAAGUAGGUUAGCUGUAAUGCCUGUGCAACACAACUUAAGGUUGAAGCGUGCAAAUGGAGCAUCAGAAAGGGAUGAUUCCUAUUUGAGGCGCAGUGGUAUAGGAAAGAAAAAGAAAUUGAUUCGUGAUAUUCGUGUACAUGUGACAAAACUUUCCCCCACAGACUUUCUUUUGAAGAAAGCUGUUGGCACUGUGAAGCAGCGUGUGCGUCGGAGGAAAGCUAUAAAUCGUACAGGGUUCCCAAUCAAAAAGAAAAAGAAGAAACUUUGUAUCAAAAAUGGUGAUGUGAAACCACUGAAGUGUCCAAACAGUGCCCCUGUUCCUACACAUCUCUGUACACCUGUGAUAAAUGUAGAUGUUAAGAAAUCUCUUGCCGAUGAUAGCACAGCUAAGACUCCAUCUCAGAAUAGUGGUGGUAAAGAAAUUCUAAAUCGUGCUGAGACUAAACAACCCCAUGGUUUUUGUAGGAAGGAUAGAAACAACAGAAUCUCAGAAUCACGUCCUAAAGAUAGGGAAGUGGAAAAAGAAGAUAGGUUGAGAGGAGAACUUGAAAAGAAGUCAGCGGAAACAGUGAGCCGUGAACCAAGACAAACAGUUAAUGGUAAACGUGAUGCAAUGAAGUUGUCAAAUGAAGACAUUUCUCUUAAUGAGAAGGAGCCUGUGGGGUCAAAAUCAGGAGAGGAUGAUGAUGGUAACCCAAGUAAAACAGAAGACAUUGUGGAAGUGGUGGUGGAAGAUGCUCUGUGUUCACAAGCCAAAGAGUCUCAAGCUAGUUUGAAGCAAAGCAAAGGAUCUGUGGUUGACUGCGGCCAGGAGUGCUCAAAGUUCUCGGAGUCAUGCAGCCUUACAGUCCCUGGGACAGACCUAGGGGUGCCAGUUGCCAGUGUUCAGGCCUCUGAUGCAGGGGAUAAGGAUUUUAAAGUACGAAACAAGAGGAAGCGGGAUACUUCAAAAGAUGACUAUCCCCUGCCGCUUGGCUCAAAGCGAAUGAAGAAGUGUCGAGAUGAAGAAAUGGAUCAGGAUGACAGCUGUGAUGUCCUACCUUUUGAAGUGUUACCAUGUAGUGAUGUUCCAUCUGGGGAUGAAUCAACAAAGUCUUGUCGUCGCAAGAAACAGCCUCGCUGGAGAAAGAAGUUCUUGGCUGCUGGUCUCUUUUCUGACUACUACAAGGAGGAUGAGCCUAGGAAACCAAACAGUGAUGUGGGGAAGCCAAGACUGGUGUACCGACCAGAGGAACAUCAGCAUGGCCUGCUGCCUCCCCCCUAUCACUGUGGCAAAUACUUGCGACAGCGGCGUGUCGAGUUUAAGCUGCCGUACGACUUAUGGUGGCUGCACACACACAACCAGUUGCCUGGCCGAGACAGAGUGCCUUCGUGGAACUACAAGAAGAUCCGUACCAAUGUGUAUUAUGAUGUGAAGCCGACAUACACAUAUGAGGCACAGGCUUGCAACUGUGUUCUGCCCUCUACACUGGGCCAUAAAGGAUGUGGGGAGGACUGUAUUAAUCGUAUGGUGUAUUCAGAAUGCUCACCCCAACUCUGUCCAUGCAAGGAACUCUGCUCAAACCAAAGGAUACAGCGCCAUGAGUGGUCCCCAGGACUGGAGAAAUUUAUGACCAAAGACAAGGGUUGGGGUGUGAAGACCAAGUAUGCUAUUAAGCCUGGUGAAUUCAUCCUUGAAUAUGUAGGAGAAGUGGUGAGUGAGAAAGAGUUCAAAGCACGUAUGGCAACACGCUACAUCCACGACACGCACCAUUAUUGCCUUAACCUAGAUGGAGGGUUGGUGAUAGAUGGUCAUCGCAUGGGAGGAGAUGGUCGAUUUGUGAAUCACUCAUGUGAACCCAACUGUGAGAUGCAGAAGUGGAGUGUCAAUGGAUUAUUCAGGAUGGCUCUGUUUGCGCUGAGGGAAAUCGAUCCACAUGAAGAACUCUCCUAUGACUACAACUUCUCAUUGUUUAACCCAGCUGAGGGACAGCCUUGUAAGUGUGGUAGUAUGCACUGUCGAGGUGUGAUUGGCGGAAAGUCGCAGCGCGUGAAUGGUGCGACACCACGUGUGGAGGAGAAGGGAGAACGCAGGAUGGUCGGUAGACCCCGGAAGUAUGCGCGAAAGAACAAUGGGAGCAUAAGCAGCGCUGUGAAUGUGAACCCUAACAGCAGUAGCCAUACAAGCAGUAGUAGCAGCAGCAGCAUUGUCAGCAACAACAGCAGCAGCAGCAAUAACAUCAACAUCAACCACAACAAUAGUAACAACAAUAGUAAUGUCAGUAGCAUUGCCAGCAAUUCCAGCAGUAACACUGGCACCACCAUUAACAGCAGUUGUGCCACUAGCAAACUGAAGUACAAGAAGGGGCUAAAUGAGGGAAAUACAGGGCAACGGCAGAGUCAUGUGACACCAGUGAAACCCAUGUCACACCAGCAGAGGUGUUUUGCGCAAUUGCACCAUUGUUUCCUACUAAGAAACCUUGAGAAGGUGAAGCGUCUUCGUGAACGCUUGAAACAAUCUUCACGGAGGGAGGAGUCCAUGCUCUGCAACUAUACACGGCCACAAGUUAAACAGUCAGAUGUGUUUUUGACGCAGCUCAAUGCACUGACCAGUCCCCGCAAUAUUCGUACACGCAGACUAGCGCAGGCUGAGGACAAUCCAGAACUGACAAGAACAGCAAGGCUUGCCUAUGUGUUACGUGACCUGUACAACAUUGUGAUAGCAGCAAAAGAUGAGCGAGGAGAGAUGCUGGCAUCUUCAUUUCUGACAUUACCAUCAAAGCGCAAAUUUCCACAGUAUUACCAGCGUAUCACAGAUCCCAUUGAUCUUUGCACUCUGGAACAGAACAUUGUCACUGGAUUUUACCGUACCGUGGAGUCCUUUGAUCGAGAUAUGAGUCGGCUUUUUAAUAACAAUGUGCGAUUCUUCGGACGGACAUCAGAGUUAGGAAUUGCAGCCACAAGGUUGCGCAAGGCAUACAACCUCGCAAAAACUGAUUUCCUUGCACAGAUUGAAGAUAUCUUGGGGGAGAGCCCUCCAGCAUCUUUCAUGCCGGAACAUGAUCCUGGAGGGGAGGAAGAAGAUGUAAUUCGGUGUAUAUGUGGCUUAUACAAGGAUGAGGGGAUGAUGAUCCAGUGUGAGCGCUGUCUUGUGUGGCAACACUGUGAUUGUGUGCAUGCUGAUGAGGGUGUGGAGCAUUAUCUGUGUGAGAGGUGUAACCCGCGUCCUGUGGAUCUCGAGAUCAUUAUGGACCCACAGCCCCAUUAUGCCACACCUGGUCUCAUGAACUACAUCACAUUGCUCAGGGGUGAUCUGCAACUGAGACAGGGUGACACAGUGUACGUGCUACGGGAUAUAAUAGAAGAGAAUGCUCCAAAGACAUUUCCUCCAACCAAGCAUACAUACAAGACGAUCAAGAACUUCAGUUAUGCAGACCUGGAUAUUUUCAGGAUAGAGCGACUGUGGAAGGAUGAAAAGGGAGAGCGAUUUGCAUUUGGGCACCAUUAUCUGCGACCUCAUGAAACGUACCAUGAGCCAUCGCGGAAGUUCUUCUCAAAUGAAGUUAUGAGAGUGCCACUGUAUGAGGUGGUGCCUCUUGAUCUCAUAAUGGGACACUGCUGGGUAUUGGAUCUGAACACAUACUGCAAGGGUCGUCCUGUGGGUGCACCAGAGGAACAUGUGUACAUCUGCGAAUACAGAGUGGACAAAAGUGCACAUCUGUUCAGCAAAAUUGCGAAGCUCCGCCAUUCCAUAUGCACCAAGACCUAUGCAUUUGAGACAUUCGACACCAGAUUGAACCCCAAACGCACUUAUACACCACAUGGUCCAGUAACAUUGCGUGCUCGUGGUCGGGGUGCAAGCAGUCGCUCACAGGAAGAGGGGGAAUCCAAACCCAGUGCGCCU